AUGUCUAUCAGGAGGAUUUCAGUCUUUUGUGGAGCUUGUUUCUUCAUAUUUUAUACACAUUUAUUGCGAUCCGAGGAAAACCUCUCGUUUGGAAAGACUACUACUCAGAGUAGUACAUACAGACCUAGCUGGAACGCAGAUAGGGCCGUAGACGGAUGCUUGAAUCAAGACAUAUCUUCUAAUUGCUGUAUACAUACAGCUGAUACUAUAAAAGAAGUCUGGUGGCAGGUAGAUCUUGGAAGUCUAAAUACCAUCAAUUACAUCACAAUAUACUAUCGAGAUGCGUUUGAAAGACGAUUUGCAGGUUACCAGUUGUAUUUGUCCAAUACCACGGACUGGACACAGGGUAACCUAUGUUACGAAGAUACUAGCAAGAAUUUGACUGAAGUAGAACUGAUCGUAACGCACCAGUGCCCAUAUGUAGCUAGGUAUGUUGUCGUGUACAACUACAGAAGCUAUCCAAAGCGACACGAGUGGUAUGAUGACUUUGCUAUACUAGAGCUUUGUGAGGUACAAGUGUUUGGGUGUCCUAUACAGAAACAUGGCUAUGGAAACUGCAACAAAAACUGCUCGCAUAACUGUUAUGGGGGCAACUGUAACGGAGUAACUGGUUCCUGCUUUUACUGUCUUCCUGGAAAGUGGGGUGAUGCCUGUGAUCAAGAUUGUCCUACCACCUGCAAAACCAAUACCUGUAUACCCAAUAAUGGAUCGUGUACAGAAUGUAAACCAGGAAGGCAUGGAGAUGUCUGUGACAAAUAUUGUCCUUUCACCUGUAAUGGAACCUGUGAUAAAGUCUCCAGCUAUUGUAGAGGUAUACACAUCACAAAACCUUAA